AUGGACAGUUUCUCGAGCAAAACGAAGCAAGGACACAAGCUCUUCGUUGGUAACACUUUCGUAGCCAUCUCGACGAGAGAAAGACUCAUUGGCUCUUAUGGUGACCUUGUCGUUCCAGGCUGGUUAGUUCCCUUAAAUUGGAAUUUAUGCACUGGCCAACUAACUCUCAUGCAAGCCAUAAAACUCGCACAUAAUACCUCAUAUCUAGAAGAGAGCUGUUCUGGGGAUGGCCACGGCUGCAUGGUGCAGGUCAAUACCCAUGCGAGCGAGGAGAACUUGAUACAAUCUAGGAAUGGUUGUUUCCAUGCCCCCCUGGCCGGAUUGAAAGAUCUCCUAAUGGAAGUCCUCCAGGAGCUCAAGGUUGGCCCCACCGUGGUUCAAUCCGAGGAAACUCCUGCACCCAAACCUAAGCCUGCGAUCGCGCCACUUGGCUCCAAGCUCGAGUUCAAAAGGGUUGAACAACUGGUUUGCAGGUGGGAUAAGGCAACGCGGAGGUAUAUUGACAAGGAAACGGUGAAGGAGGAGCUCGAUGAGCUUCAGAUGCAGAGAGAAAGAGAGCGGGUGAAGAGCGAUGGCGCAGCAGCGUUUGACAUGAGUGAUGACGACUAUCUAACCUGCUGUCCCACGAUUCCUGGCUUUAGCUUCAAGGAUAAUGCUUUCUGCGCUGACAUGGUAAUAGACGAGUUUGCUGUUGAAGACAUCAGCGAUAUCAAAUGGGCGCACUCUCUCUUCAAGAGCUUAACGAUCCCAGACGAGCAAAGAGCCAUCCUCAUGGCCCUCGCGAGGACCCGGAUGGGUGUAGUCCCCGCCAUCCCAUUCGACGACUUUGUUGCGGGAAAGGGCCGUGGCCUGAGCGUGCUUCUAUACCUCCGAGAUUUUACUGCUCCGUUGUGUCUUGCAGAGGCUGUUAGUAACCACCUUUCUGCGUACUUUUAUAUAGGGACAGAGUCUGGCUUGAUAACAAUCUGUCAGAAUCUGCCAUUCGGCCAAAAAGGCGAGUCCGCGCUGAUUGGCGGCAGAGAGACCGGUUCUGGUUAUUUGACAAGUUACUAUCACCAAGAAGAAACAAAACUAGCUGGUUAA